AUAACGUCAGUCAAAGCGGAAGUGGCUGCUAAAGAUGGUAGCUGACAGUCGUGCUACUUAUGUAGCUUUCAAGCGAUAUGUUAUUCUCUUAAUAAACAAAAUACAAUAUCCACAGGUCAACUUUGUUUUGACGUAAAGGAUCAUUAGCUGAAACUGAAGAGAUAUGUGUAGCUAGCUAUCUACCUUUUAAACGUGGGGGGAAAAAACGGUGGGCAGACGCUUGGUAGCUACCUAACGUUAGCUGUUUUCUACAAGGUACCUGGUGAAUGGACUUCCUGCUCUCUUCUUCUUCUACAGGUCAUCUAAAGUGUAUGGACUUCCUGCUCUCUUCUUCUACUACAGGUCAUCUAAAGUGUAUGGACUUCCUGCUGUCUUCUUCUACUACAGGUCAUCUGAAGUGUAUGGACUUCCUGCUGUCUACUACAGGUCAUCUGAAGUGUAUGGACUUCCUGCUGUCUUCUUCUACUACAGGUCAUCUAAAGUGUAUGGACUUCCUGCUGUCUUCUUCUACUACAGGUCAUCUAAAGUGUAUGGACUUCCUGCUCUCUUCUUCUACUACAGGUCAUCUAAAGUGUAUGGACUUCCUGCUGUCUUGCCAUUGACUGCAUUGUCAUUGUUCCCACCAGCAGGACAACAUGAGUGAAGAGAAGGAGGCAUUGUUGGAUGAAAUCGAACAGAGUUUAUUUACUCUAACUAAGGACAAUAUACUAUACCUGUGUGAACGCUGUGGAAUAGAUGGCUCCCAAGUUAAAGGAAAGAACCAUCGCUCGUUGCGCCGUAAAAUCAUGGAGGAAAUGUGGGAAAACGCAGAUUCAGUCAAAUCGGAGGAGCAGGGAAUGUCUUGGUUACUCCGACUGAAAGAUGACAUCAGAAAGAUGCAUAAAGAAUCUACUGUGGCACCCAUGAGUCCCAGCCAGUCUGAUGAUGAUGACGAUGCUACAACCUGCGGUGAGGAAUGGGACAAGGAUUGGUUUCCUAGCAACGGGCUGGAGGCGGAGUCAUCUCCAGAGAGGCAUACCCCAGAGCAGAGGGAGAGUGGUGACAAGCCACCUUCCUCCCUCCAGUCCCUGGGUUGUACCUCUCCCAGGAGUGCCUUACUGCGGGGUCUGAAGUGGGCGUCUGUGUGGCUGGACGACUGCAGGACAACACCCGGGCUGAGUGGAACUAUGAGAGGAGGAGAUGAGGAGGAAGAGGGAGAUUUGACUGAUCAAAGAGAGAGACAUGACUAUCCUGGAUCCUCUGGGGCACCUCAACAACAUCCUGACGCUGACAAGGCAGAGAAAAGUCUCUCCAGAUCAGAACACCUCGAGAAACAUGAAUGGAGACCCACAGGGAUGAAACCUCACCGCUGCUCUGACUGUGGGAAGAGUUGCAGAUCUUCAUCAGCACUAAAAAAACACCAGACAAUCCAUACAGGAGAGAAACCUUAUAGCUGUUCCCAGUGUAGGAAGAGUUUUGCUCAGUUACAAGAACUGAAAGUACACCAGAGAACACACACAGGAGAGAAGCCUUAUAACUGUGAUCAAUGUGGAAAGAGUUUUUGUUAUUCAAGCCAGUUUAAAGUACACCUGCAGAGACACACAGGCGAGAAGCCUUAUAGCUGUUCAGACUGUGAGAUAAGCGUUUGUACCUCAAGUCAACUGUUAUUGCACAAGCGAACCCACACAGAAGAGAAGCCUUACAGCUGCUUACUGUGUGAGAAAAGAUUUUCGUCAAAAUAUAGUCUGAAAUUACACCAGAGGGUCCACACUGGAGAAACAAAUUAUGGCUGUGAUCAGUGUGAGGAGAGUUUCUCCUCGUCGGCAGACCUCAGAACUCACCAGAGAAUCCACACCGGAGGGAAACCUCACCUCUGCUCCCAGUGCGGGAAGCGCUUCCGCCAACAGUCUGGCUUGAAAAGCCAUGAGAGGAUUCACACAGGAGAGAAACCUUUCCAGUGCUCCCACUGUGGGAAGACAUUCAGCCACAGGGCCACGUUUAAGGCACACCAGCGGACUCACACCGGAGAGAAGCCUUACCAAUGCUCCCAGUGCAGGAGGAGUUUCUCCCAAAUGGGCCACCUGAAAGUACACCAACAGACGCAUGCUAAAGUGAGGUCUCACCUCUGCCCACAGUGUGGUAAGGGAUACUACUCUCUAGACAUCUACAAUGCACACAUGAGAACACACAACGGGGAGAAGACUCACCACUGUGCCGACUGUACCAAGAACUUCCUCACCCUGACUCAGCUCAAAACACACAGGCGGACACACACAGGAGAGAAACCGUACGUCUGCGACCAGUGUGGGAAGAGCUUUGCCGAAUCGGGAAGCCUGACUCUACACCAGCGCUCGCACACCGGGGAAAAACCUUACCACUGCUCUGAGUGCGGGAAGAGCUUUGCGCGCUCCGGGGCACUGAAGAAGCACCAGCUUACACACACUGGGGAGAAGCCUUACAGCUGUGGUCAGUGUGGGAAGAGGUUUCCCAGGUCAGAUACUCUGGCUACACACAUGAGAACACAUACAGGAGAGAAGCCCUAUAGGUGUGAUCCAUGUGGUGAGAGGUUCUCCUAUCAUAGGUGCCUGGUGAAACACAUGAAAACACAUGUAGGAGAUACACCAGCCCUCGAGCGACCGAUCACCCUAGGCCUCGGGGUUGAAUGACCUAUCCAUCAACCAAUCACACCAGGGUAGGGUAAAAUGGAAAUGUCUUACAGAUUUAAAUAUGAACAGCAUGGUAGCAAUUGAAAGAAAAAAUGUUGAGCACACAACAGUUCACCUGACACAAGACUGAAUCCAAACAUUACUGUUGAUUUGAUAUUUUUCUGUACUUUAGGCCACAUUGAUAACAUGUUACUGAACAGCCAUUGCGUUCCAAUUUCAACCUGUAUUCGGGUGUGAGUGUAAAGCGUUAAUGGCAUAUAAUAACAUUAGUAGUUUUAUUAUUCUAUAUUGGUAUUAAUAUGGGUUCGUUGCUGAGUGUUGUAACAUGGUGCCAAUUUCAAGGCUAUAUUUCUUGAAUUGAUUUCAGAAUGUGUUGACCCUGAUUUGUUAGAUUAC